AUGGAGGCGGAGGCGCAGCUGGACAGCCUGGAGGGGUGGGUGGCCGUGCGGGAGGACGCCUUCGUGCAUCCCGAAGCCCCGCACAAGCUGCGCUUCCUGGUGGCCUGGAACGCCGUGGAGGGCAAGUUCGCCGUCACUUGCCACAACCGGACCCUGCAGGAGGAGGAGGAAGACGGGGGGCAGCAGACGAGCUGGGCCGGCCUGUACUCCUCGCAGGCCUUGCUGGGCGUCCACCGGCAGCUGGCGGGCCUGGACGAGCGCCUGGAGCCCUGCUUCCCGCCGCUGCCCCCUGCGCUGAGCGGCCCCAGCAGCGGCCUGUGGGCCCUGCUCUUCCCCCGCUGCCCGGUGCUGGAGGAGGCGGAGCUGGAGGGGCUCUGCCGGCGACUGGAAGCCUACUUGGGCUGGGCGCUGGACGUGUGUGGCCGCAAGGCGCUGCUCGACUCGCUCUUCGCCCACGACCAGGACGAGGAGGACGAGUACUUCGAGAACCUGCAGGAGUUCCGCAGGAAAGCCCUCAAGGCCCAGCUGACCGCCGCCAAGGAGACCCUGCGCAAGGUCCUCCAUCGGCACAAAGAUGCCGACACUUUGGUAGCCUUAAAGGAGGUUUAUGAGGAGGAAGAUGAAGCAUAUUGGGAGCUGGUUACCAUGGCAACCAAAUUCUAUCAAUAUUUGUUGCAGCCGUUCAGAGACAUGCGAGAACUGGCGACAUUAUACAAAUUGGAGAUCCUGAAAUCCUUACAAGCAGAUAGGCUGGGCCCGAAAAGGAUAGAAGCCUUGCAGAAGGAGGCGGAGGAGUGGGCUACGCAGGUGGAAGAAGCCAUGUGCUCCAUCCAGGACAUCACUGUCAGCUACUUCAAGGAGACGGGGAUGGCACUGGCAGCAAUGAAGAAACAGAUGGAGCAAGACCGCCAGCGGUUUGGCCAAGCUGCGUGGGCAUCAGCUUCUCCGAGACUGGAAAACCUCAAGUAUCUUUUAGCCAAAGAGACCCUUCAGCAUAUGCGAGCGAGAGAACUGUGCCUCAACCACAAGAGAGCUGACAUCCAGAAGCAAAUGGAGGCCUUUGAAGAUCAAGAAAAUGACCUGGGUCAACUAGAAGAGCUGGAAAUCGAAUAUUAUGAAACCCAGCUGGAGCUGUACGAGGUGCAGUUUGAGAUCCUGAAGAAUGAAGAAAUGCUGCUUGUCACACAGUUGGAAACUCUGAGGCGACGGAUGAAAGAAAUUCAGGAUGAAGUGAUUUAUUACGAUACAUGUGAAAACCCUGAUGAGCUGCAAGCCUCUGAACAAGCCCUGGACAAAGCGUGCGUCCCUUCCUCGGAAAUGGCUCAGCUGCGUCAGAAGACCCAGCAGCUGGAGACAAAACGUGGGAUUAUCUGCUCCAGGAGAGCCUAUCUCAGGAACAAAAAGGACCAGUGUGAAGAAAGCCGCCGUCUGAGGCUCCAGCAGGCACAAGCGCGUGUUCGGCAUUUCCAGCAGCAUCACACUGUCCAGAUUAAAAGAGACAAAAGGAAAGAAGAGGAGAAAAAGAAGAAAGCCUGGAUAAAACAGGAGCGUGAGAAAACCCUGGAGAGGCUGAAAACCUUCAAAGAGAAAUGUCCGGCUCAGUUUGUGCUGAAGACUUCCCGCUUUCAGCCUCCGAGCUCCACGCAGCGGCAGGGCAUCCCCCGCUGGACUCCAGCCACCCCUCCUCAGCCUUUGUCAGUAAACAGGACACCUGUGAAGCAGUCCAAGAACUCCCACCUCAUGCAAGCCAAAGGUGUCAAAGCACCUCGUCGGAAGCCGCCUGCAGAUGUUCCUGUCCAGAUUUUUCUUCCGCCUUGUGACCAAAAUCAGCAGAAGAACAAUGAGGGGGACAAAGCGCUGUCACCUCCACCACCACCACCACCACCUCCUCCUCCUCCUCCUCCGCUUCCGGGCACUCAUCCCCCACCCCUUGUGUGUGAAGACCCUCCCAGAGAAAAGGACUCCAAAGGGGACACACAUGAUACAUCCAAGUGCAUAGCAAGUAAUUAUGCAGGAUCCAUGGAUGAGGUUUUGGCUUCACUUAAGCGUGGUGAGAUCCUUCUUCGUAAAGUGGAACCGUCCCCUUCAGCUCCUCCUUCCGGCUCUUCUCUCAACGACAACAUCCUGGCAGCCAUCAGGAAGGGAGUGAAACUGCGGAAAGUCAGCCAAGAGCCAAAGAAAGAGGGCGAGAGAGGAUCCGACAGCGAGCUGGAGAGGAGCAUCAAGGCCGCCAUCCAGAGAAUUAAGAAAGUGUCUGCCGAUUCAGAAGAGGAGGAAUGCAGUGAGCACAAUAGUGCGGAAUGGAACAGUUAAUGGGGUGGCUUUUAAAUUCUCUCCUGGCUGAGAAGAUCACGAGUGACCGACAAGCUUCUCUGAAAUAGGAUUUGUCCACCUGUCUGCAGUGCACAGUCCUAGGAGACAUUUUACCACAUGUGUUAGGACAUGCUCUGUCCAUGCAGGGGGCAGCCCCAUGACCCAGA